AUGGGAUAUUUUGAAAAGUUUAGCUUGCGAAGUGGCUACUCCAUGAUACAAAUCCCGAUUGCAGAGACGGAGCACGAGGAUACUCAAGUUUGGAAGGGGGAAUUAUCCGGUAAAUAUUCAGUAUGCAGCGCCUAUAAACUAUUACAAGAUGCUAAUCUGGGGUCUGAAACUAAGGAAUUUUACAGAAAAUUAUGGAGCCUAAAACUAUCCCCAAAAAUUGCAGUCACUAUCUGGCGAAUUUCCUGGGAUUUCAUUCCUAAUCUCGCUAAUCUUAGGUAUAGAAGAGUUGCAACAAAUGAUAGAUGUCCCCGAUGCUGUUCUUGGACAGAAAAUAGUCUCCAUAUCUUCCGAGAUUGUCCUACAACAAUAGAAGUUUGGCAGUUUAUUCAUUUAGCAUGGAUUAUGAAUAACAGAAGUCAAAAUCUGUGGGAGUGGCUAACCUGGGUAUUCAAGGGAGGAACUGAUGAUCAAAGCCGACUUUUUUGUUACGCCUUAUGGUUAAUAUGGUUCUCCAGAAAUAAGUUUGUGCAUGAAAGGGAAAAGACAACAGGAAGAAUUUUAGCACAAAAUAUACAGGGGCACAUGGCAGAAUAUGAAGGAGUAAGAGCAAUGACGAAUACCAGUACAAUGAGAAGAAAUCACAAAUUCCAGGAGGACAUACCGAGAGUCACGAUCUUCUUUGAUGCAGGGUUUGACAGCAGAAACAACAGAUCAGCAACAGGUCUGGUGGUUUGGGAUCUGAGGGGGGAAUUACUGGUACUCAAAACGAUUGUUCACAACAGUGUCUCAUCCCCAUUUGCAGCAGAAGCAUAUGCAUGUUUAGAAGGAGUGAAGUUAGGGAUAGCAUUAGAAGUUCAAUCGAUCAAGCUGAUGGGAGAUUCCAGAACAGUAAUCAAAAAAUGUCGACCGAACUUAAAUGAUAAAUCAGUAAUUGCGGCUAUCAUCAGAGACAUUCAAAAUAAGAAAUCUUGUUUUCAAGAAAUUAUCUUUCAACACAUACACAGAUCAAGGAACUCGCAAGCACACAGAUUAGCAAAGGAAGCUCUUGAAAGUGGAGAAAAUUUUUACCUGACGAGAGAAGAGUUGAAUAGCCAUCAUGUGGUUUCGGAGAGAAGAAGGCCACGGAAUCCAGAUUGA